CUGACUGUUUUAAGAUACACUUAACUGUAUCACCGUCGGCACGCGCCGUCAAGAAAGCGAGCGCACCUCUCUCAGGCGGCUACAGUAGGAACAGGAAGUCAGGAACAGGAAAAAUCUCGCAAACGGGAAAAGUUACAAUAUAUUUUAUGAAAGAUGAGUCGAAUCUAUCACAACACUUCUUUACUAAACAAACCAGUACACAAUGACAGAUUUGACCGUGUGUGGUCACCCUCUGCGUAUGAAAGUGGCCAAGGAGUUCUUCUAGAAGGGAAGCUUCUGGAUCUUUCCAGACAUGCAAUCACUGAUGUCAACAAUCAGAAGGUCCGUUUCUAUGUGCUGUACAUCAAACCCAGCCGCAUCCAUAAGAGGAAGUUUGAUGCCAGCGGGAAGGAGAUUGAGCCAAACUUCAGUAACACCGGAAAGGUCAACACUGGCUUCCUCAUGUCCUCCUACAAGGUGGAAGCUAAAGGGGAGUCAGACAGUCUGUCUGAGGAGCAGCUGUCAGCAAUGGUGAACAAAGCCGAGCUGGUGAAGAUAACUGACAAGCACAGACCCAGCGGGACCUGGGCCUUCUGGUACCCAGAGUCAGAAAUGGACAAAAUAGAACUGGAGACUGAACAGGAUGUACGGCUGAAGACCAGAGGAAACAGUCCUUUCAUAUUCUCCUUAGCUAAAGUGGACGGUGGCACAGUGACCAAAUGUAACUUUGCUGGAGAUGAAAAGGCUGGAGCAUCGUGGACGGACAAGAUUAUGGCCAACAAAGCAGAAGCAGACAGCACACAGAAACCUGGGGUGGAAGGAGAGGGGGCAGAGGAGGAUGAAUGGGAUGAUUGAGGAAACCGUCUUUACUAUCAGCCUUGCAUCAUUCCAGUUGCCAGGUUGGAACGCUUCAACUUGGUUUACAUCCUGUCUCUCUGAACCUCUCACAUAACGGUCUUGGGGCUAGAAACAUUGUAUCACUUCUACAGUACAAGACUGGACUCUUCAACCUCCUCAAGUGAAUCUGGCUCUGAGCUUUGAAACUGCAGUGGGACACUAGCUCUGUACCUUCAUUCUUACUUUGCUUUUGUCUGUUUUUGUCCCCAUGUGCUGUACUGCAAUAAAAAGAAAAAGUUACAUAAGCCCCAUUCAGACAGGAUUUAAUCCACUAUGGAAGGUUGGCUGAUUUUGAUAUAUCAUCCACUGAUCAGUGAUUUAAAUUUCAUCUGGAUUGCAUAUGUGUGAUAUUUCUUCCCGUACCCUGGUACUAAUUACAGUCCAAAUAUCCACUGCUUUUUAUCAUACUCAUUGGCCCUCCUAUACUGUUAUAUAUAUAUAUUUCAAAGUGUAUCUCUAAGGGUAUGCACUCAAAGAGCUGUGUUUCCUGUUAAGUUUAAUUAGCUCAGUACACUGUCUGAGUUCUGUGUAACACUCGAAGGAAAAGAUAAAAGGAUGAUAAUACUGAUGUUCCCAUAUGUAUAUGGAAAUAGAAAUGAUGACUUAAGUGCAGAGAAACAUGACAAAUCAACCUCCUCCUGGCAUAUUAAUCCAGCCUGAAUAGGGCUUUUUAAUAGGCUUUUUGUUUGUUUGUUCAUUUUUGCAUUUAUUUGAUAGUGCUGAGAGAGAGUGGAAUUAUGGGUAGAGAGAGAGACAUGACGUGCAACAAGGAUCCAGUGCCGGAAUCGAACCAUGAGUGUUACAGUUAUGUGCUAUGUGUCUUAACCAGCCCUGUGGCUUUAAAAGGUUUAAUGUUUCAACUUCUGAUUCGAUGUCACUAUCUAGAAUCCCCAGUCUCCCUCCGUAAUAUUCCCUGACACAACAGACACAAAUAAAGGUUGAAGCAUGAGAACCUGAGCAAAACUAACCUCUGAUAUCAAACAGUGAAUCAAAAUGCCAAAGAAGCCCUCAUCCUACUCACUAAUCCUCAAAACAUCCUAAAAAAAAAUGACAGUCAGUUGAUUCAAUUUAUUGAGCAAUUUUAAUUAUAAAAAUAAUCAUAUUUAGUGAUACACUCCCUGAUUUUUUUUACAGCAUCCAAUAGUGCUACAACAAAUUUGUUAUAAAUAGGCAGCGUAACAAAAUCAUUGAGUGUAAUUUUUAAAUAAUACUUGAAGCAAUAUUUUCAUUAACUCACUAACACAAAGAACUGCAGAGACACUCAUAAAAUUCUUCUUCUUCUUCAUACAGUACUGUAUUUUUCUCCACAAUAUGGCAACGUUGAAGGAAUGAAGUCAAACUAUCAAGCAUGGUUCUCUUAAAUAUGCAGUUGUGCCAGUAGACAUUGUCAAGUGUUGGUGCCCUUUUAGAUGUACACAUACAGUAAUACUUCAACACGUUUACAUUUACAUACUCUCUAAAGAAGAUACAAUGGUAAGCAAAAAUUGCCAAACAGUCUAUAGAAAGGCUGAAACAAACAAGAAAGUAAAUUGAACUAUUUUAAGUCUUCGUACUACAAAAGGCAAUAUCUGCCUUGCUUAUAUUGAGAAUGACAAUACGUACAGAUGACAACUCGGUACAUUUAUUCACAUAGACCCCCCCUAGCUGUCCUUUUAUGUUUAUGGACAAUAAACAUGAACUGUAAAUACUGUCCAGUGGCCAUGUUUGACAAAUACAGAAAGAAAAAGUUUGCUUCUCAUUGUAUCUGAAUGUUCCAGUAUUGACUUCGAAAACAUUGUAUUACCUAUUGUCAUCAUUGUAGUUGUCUUGUUAUUAUAAAUACAACAUGUACAAUUUUCACAAUUAAAACAUAAGCAAGUUGACUGGAUUAAAGGA